UGUGGCAGCACUGUUAGCUGUGUAUACAUGCAGUUGUCUGCAUGAAACAUCUCGCCGCUAGCUUCGAAGUAUUUUGUGAAUUUUGUGUAGUUUUCUGUUGUGAAAUUUUCAUUGGAAAUUAUUGCAAACAGUCCAUUAUUUUCUCUUUGUGCAGUUUUGUUACUUCCAUAUCCCUUGUUUAUUUUCAUUCAUCGUUUCGAUCGUCCAGAGCAAAGAUAUAUAUCGGCUCGCAUGGAGAAGAGCAAUGUACCUGUCAUGGAGGAAACGGGAGCUCUGCUAUCAACGGUAUCGACGACGCUCGAAAUCUCGUAAUCUAACAGAUGCGGCCUCGCUGUUGAGAAUUCGUUGGUGACCGGUCGGUCGAGAGAGGGAGAGGAGAGAGAAGUUUCGACGACCGAAAAACGGAGGGAAGGGUGAAGGCGAAAGAGGAGGCCGCGGAACGCGUAAGGAAGCGCGCCAAAAGGCCGAAGGAGGCGGGGGAGGCGGAGGGGGAGGAAGAGGAAGAAGAGGAAGAAGAGGAAGAAGAGGAAGAGGAAGAGGAGGAAGAGGAGGAAGAGGAAGAGGAGGAGACAGAGGGAGGAAGCGGGACAAGGAGGAGGAGGAGGAGGAGCGGCGAGGAAGAAGAGGAAGGAAGGAGAGGUGGAGAGGAACGAGUACGAGAGCGAGAACGAAGAAGAAGAAGAGGAAGAGGAGGAGGCGGAGGAGGAGGAGGAGGAGGAGGAGGAGGUCGGGGCGGAGGAGGGAAACGGGGUGGGAGGAGGAGGAGGAGGAGAGAGGAACGGAAACGGAAGAGGAAGAGACGAUCGAGGCCGGAGGACGAGAUUUCUCGACGCGACAAACAUGACGCAGCAAAGCGGGGCUGGGUCGCCCCAGCAAUUCUGCCUACGUUGGAACAAUUACCAGACGAAUCUGACCAACGUGUUCGACCAGCUUCUCCAGAGCGAGAGCUUCGUUGACGUGACCCUUGCCUGCGACGGGCACAGCGUGAAAGCGCACAAGAUGGUCCUGUCCGCGUGCAGCCCCUACUUCCAGGCCCUUUUCUUCGACAACCCGUGCCAGCACCCGAUCGUCAUCAUGAAGGACAUCAAGUGGCCCGAGCUCAAGGCCGCCGUCGAGUUCAUGUACAAGGGGGAGAUAAACGUGUCCCAGGAGCAGAUCGGCCCCCUCCUCAAAGUCGCGGAGAGCCUCAAGAUACGCGGCCUGGCCGACGUGAACAACGAGCACGAGUUGACCUCGAGAUCGAACCUCGAGGAGGCGGCGAACGCCGCGCUUCACAGGAAGAAGAGGCGCCGAAUAUCGGGCGAGAGGUCGCCCCCCGCGUGCAGCCCCGACCGGAUCCCCGGCUCGGGCAGCAUCCCCGACGACCAAGAGCCGAACCAAGUGGGCGGCGGAGUGAUCGUGCCCGACAUCCACGGCAUGCUGCCGAGCAGCUCGACCCCGCGGUCCCUCGGCUCCCCGGGCACGCCCAACGUCUCCGUCACGCCGCAGAUCAACCUCCAAGAACUUCCGGUGUCGCUGCCCCUGCCGCCGCCGCCGCCGCCGCCCCCUCAGCCCGGCCAGCCGAGCUCGCACUCCAUACCCGCUCACCACGUGCCUCCCCACGUGACUUCCGGUCCCCACGCGCCCGUCAACCACCUGACCGCCCAUGGCCAGCAGCUCGUCGUGCAGCAGCAGCAGCAGCAGCAGCAGCAACAGCAGCAGCAACACCACCCCCAGCCGGGACCCAUCCCACCUAAUCCGGGGGACGAUCUCGAGAUCAAGCCUGGCAUCGCCGAGAUGAUUCGCGAGGAGGAAAGGGCCAAGUUGUUGGAGUCAUCCCACGCUUGGCUCGGAGCCUCCACAUCGAGUAUAGCAGACAGCUACCAGUAUCAGCUGCAAUCGAUGUGGCAGAAAUGCUGGAACACCAAUCAGAGCCUGGUCCACAAUCUGCGCUUUCGUGAACGUGGCCCGCUCAAAUCUUGGAGACCGGAAACGAUGGCGGAGGCGAUCUUCAGCGUCCUGAAAGAAGGAUUGUCCUUGAGCCAAGCAGCUAGGAAAUACGACAUCCCUUACCCGACGUUCGUGUUGUAUGCCAAUCGAGUACAUAAUAUGCUAGGUCCGAGCGCCGAUGGCGGAGCUGAUCUUCGCCCAAAAGGUAGAGGCAGGCCGCAAAGGAUUCUGCUGGGCGUUUGGCCGGACGAGCACAUUCGCGGGGUGAUCCGAGCCGUAGUGUUCCGCGACGGUCAUUCCCCGCACAUGGUGAAGGAAGAGCCAACGAUGUAUCCUGGCCUGGCCAAUUACGCAGCUUGCAACGGUCCCGAAGGCGCGGUCAGUCCCGGAGCGGCAGCCGCGGCCGCGGUUGCCGCAGUCGCCCAAGGACUGCGGCAUCAAAUGUGCAGCAUGGUAGCGGCAGCGCACUCGCAACAGCACGACAUGAUGGCGACGAACCUCUCGACCAACCUGUCCACGAGCCUCACGUCGAACCUACAGGCGGCGAUGCAAGCCAGCCAGCAUCACCACAACAACAGCGGGCCUCUUAUCGGCAGCAACAACGGCGGGAACACCGGCAACUCGCCGUUGAACCUGGGCCUGGGAAGUCCAGGCAGCGGCGGCCCGCCCGAGAGCCCGAUGGAGAGCCCCCUCGCCAGCCCUCUCGGCCCCCUCAUGGAUCCCGGCCACAUACCCAGCAGCGUGGAAGUCGGAAUCGGCGUGAGCGGGAUGACCUACAAACCUGCACGAAGCUUCGUCAGCCCGCGGCCGGAGACCCUUUUUCAGGAGGAUAUCGCGGAUCUCGUGAAGAGUCCGCACGGGCUCAAGGACAAGGACAAGAUCCCCGUUAAACUCGAGCCGUUGACGGACUCGCGUUGCGAAUAGUAAGCAAGGCAGGCUCGAGACAGAACGAGCUAAUUAUUAUUGGAUCGGCGGAACAGCGUCGUCGUCGUCGUCUCACUUCCAUCGCGAUCCUCCUAACAGGAUUCUGCCAUCGUCGCAACCGUCGACGACGCAUCGCGCAGAACCACGGGGAGGCGACGCUCGGCUAUACGGAUUAUUCGAAGGUAGACGAUUCGCACGGUGAUAAUCGCGAUUUCGUCGAGUCCGAGCACCGAUUGCGCAUCUUCCAUUCUCGAACGGUCCGUAUUCGGUCGAUCAUUCGUCCUCGCGACGACACUGCAGUAUAUAUAUAUAUAUAUAUAUAUGUAUAUGUACGUAUAAAUAUAUAUAUAUUCGUAUAUAUAUAUAUAUAUUCAUAUAUAUAUAUAUAUAUAUCAGAGCGAUCUCGCCGCGAGAUCGUUCGACGAGAUUUACAAUCAAAAGCGGGGGAGAGAGGGGAAAAUGGAGAAUUGAGAAGGGGAGUCCCGCGAGUCGAGGAAGCGACGAUGUUUAGGGAACGCACGCCCGAUCGAUGCUCGAUCCCUCGAAUCCCCUCGGAUCUCUCGCAUACUACGAAACCUCCCUCCUCCGACCGACAGACACCCUCGAGCAUCGAUCGCGAUCGCUCGACCGAGCUCCGCUCGCAGCCUCCAAGGCCGCCUAUUUUAAGAGAGAACGUUCCGUAGCUAAUCGCUCGAUUAGGAACCCGCGACAUUCUUCUUUGCGAGGCAUCCGGCUGCGCGUCAGAAAAGCGUGGUGGACGCGUAGAAAAGCGAGAGAGAGAGAGAGAGAGAGAGAGAGAGAGAGAGAGAGAGAGAGAGAGAGAAAGGGGGGAGAAUUCGCGUGCUACAAGGACACACGCUUACACUCGAGAUUUAUAUAUCUUAUGCAUAUAUACCAUACGUUUAAUAUGCCAAAUGUAUAGUAAUUGGUGAGAUCUUGUAUCACGAGCCAGUAUUCCCGCCGCGGUUCGAGACGCGGCUUAAUAUAUCGGGGACUCGCCGAUUUAUUAAGAAACCAACGUCCGUGCAUUACGGGCGGUGGAGAGCGAAUAAGGUGUAGUUGGCAGCGAGACGCUGCGAAAGGGGUGACGACUGGUGAAAUUAGGGCGUUCAUAGAAACGCGGGGAUCGAUUGGAGAAACGUUGCGCUUCCGAAAAAAAAAAAAAGAGAAAAAAAAAAGGAAAUAAAGAAAAACGGGGGAAAAAAAGAAUCUUACGAGAACGAAAGAGAUGUACAAAAUUCUCUUACGACCGUUCGUCGAUUUUUAUAAAAAACGACGACGACUGAAUCUCUACGGAAUGAAAGAGAAAAAAGAAAAAAAAAAUGUUGUUCGACUAAGUGCGAUCGCGUCAGCACGCGAGAAAGAACAAAAAAAAAACCGAUUGCUGUACUUUAUUAAGUGUAAUGAUUGCCUUCCUGCCAUAUUUGGGGUAUGCCAAGUAUAAAAAUUAUAAGGUUUAGAGAUUAGGAAACGAAGAAAAAAAAAAAAAAAAUUAAUGACGACUCACUACCGCGAAAUUCAUUGAAUUUGGAACAAGAGAAAAUGCGUCGAUAAAUGCGCGAGAUUGCCUGUAAUAUCGUGAACGAAUGAGUGAAAUUUUUUUGGAAAGAAAAAAAUCUGGAUGCGUGAAAUCUGAUGUGGAUGCGUGCGCGCGCGGAUGAAUGGAUUAUUUUCGGAAAGAUCGUGCUAUUUUUCAAAAUUUUACAUAUUACGCGUACGAAGAAGACCCUCGAUCCUCGACAAUCGAAGAACAAUACGAGUCGAGUAGCCGUCGAAACAAAAACCGGCCGCUUCCCUUUUCCGGAAUCGUUCAAAUUCUGGCCACCGAUCGGUAUCGGAUUGUUGGACCGAUUGUUGAAUUAUUAACGCGCGACAUUGUCAACUCCCAAUAAUUCAGCACGGGAUUUCUCUCAAACGAUUCGCGUCUACUCCUCGAUCGUUCUUGCCACGAACCGCCGUUCAAGAGAUCUCGUGCGACGUCUACGAGCGAGUUCGUAUCCGGAGCCUAGUCAUCCUAGGAGCAGAAAGAGGGGGAAGACAGUGAGAGAGUGAGAGAGUGAGAGUGAGAGAGAGAGAGAAAGUGAAAUGGACAGGAUGGGGAAGAAUGAGAGAGCGAAUGGGAUAGGAGAGACAGAGAGAAAGGAGGGAGAACGUGUGACAGAGAGAACGAAAUUUUCUAAACAACAAAAAAAAAAAAAUAAUAAAGCAAAUUUUUUAAAGUUGGCACACUGGUUCGAGUGACUCUUUGUAAGUAUUAAACAAAAAAAAAAAAAAAGAAAAAAAAAAGAAAAAAAAAUUCGAAGUGGCCUUCUGUAAAAGGAAAAGACCAUCGCUUUUCGCUUUUGCUCGAGAGAAAAAAAAAAAAGGAAAAAAAAAAAAAAAGAAAAAAGAAAGAUGGGGGCGUAUAGGCUAUCCGUCGUGUUAUACGUUGUUUAGGCAAUCUUUUUAGAAAACGUUGUUCUCGCGCCACUCCCCUAUGGAAGCUUUAAACGGUUUGUACGAAAGUUCCGAGAGGAAUCGAUUAGCAAGUUAAUUAUCGGCGAUUAGAAAAUUAAAUUCGGGAAAAAUCUCUAAAACGCGUUAUUCUUGAUACAAAAGAUUUUUGGAUGAAACUAAAAAAAAAAAAAAAAAAUAUUCGGUCGACGAGAAAAAAAGUGCCGAUCGAGCACGUUUUAUUUUUUCGUGAAAAUCGGAACGACACGCGAGAGAGCGAUCGAUUGAGGAAAGGAGGAUAAAAAAAAAAAAAAAAGAAAAAAAGAAGAAUGAUAGAUCGCGAAUUUAAAAGAUUUUAUUACGAUUUAGGCUUAAUGUGUUCAACGAGAAGGUAAAUUUGAACGAAACCAGCGGCAGGGUGGAGCAAAAGAAACUCGUGAGUCAAAGCGAGGAGAUGGAAUUGGAAGAAGAAAGGGGGGGAAAAAAAAAUAUAUUCAAAGAGCCGCGAACGAAAUUGCGAGAAAGAAUUAGCGGAACGAUAGAGGGGGUUAGGGAGAGAGUGUGCGAGAGAAAAGGAUGGGGAAUGUGAACAGGCGAGAAUGUGGAAAAGAUUAAAAUUAAUAUUGUAUAAAAAAAAAAAAGUAGCAAGUGCCUUUCAAACAAAAAAAAAAAAAAAAAAAUUUACGUGUCCCGUAGACCGUGACCACUUGUACGUGAUGAAAAAAUCAUUCGAAAUUUCACAUCACCAAAUGAAUCAUUUCCGACAAAAGUGGAAAAGAAAUAGAAGAAACAAAAUGAAAGAAAGAAAUGAAAGAGAGGGGAAAAAGCAAAAAAAAAAAAAAAAAAAAGUACAGAUGACAAAGAUACAAAGAAUUAUUUGUGGGGACGUUGCGUAAAACAAAAACUAUUACUACUCCUUAGUACGUAUACAUAUUCUCUUCGUCUCGUCUCGAAGUGUUAGCGACGCUGCGCGAUUUCUGCGAGGAUUAAACAGCACGGUGUUACAGUCGAGGAUAGAAUAAUCAAAGGAGGAACUCGAAUAUUUUGCGAAAAGAAGAAUAAAUAAAUAAAUAAAAUUGUUGGCUUUAAUUUUAAACAAUAUCGAUACCCGUUCUCGAUCAAUUCGAAUCGGAUCUGGUUGGGAUAGUGGAUUUUUUUUUUUGUUUUUUUUUUUCCCAUCGAUUACGCAAUGUGUCUACGAAACUUUUGUGUGCGUGUAGAGCGAAUGUACAAAAUCUACAAGCAAACCCGACAAAAUUUCUGUUUUGGAUCAACCCACCACCGGUAAUACCCUGAAUGGCAUAUUCUCGUAAACGUUUCUUUUUGAUUCGCUUGUACGAGAGAGAGAGAGAGAGAGAGAGAGAGAGAGAGAGAGAGAGAGCGAAAAAGAGAGAGUGAGAGUGAGAAAGAGAGAUAGAAAGAGCGAAGAUGGAUGGUAAACAGGGGGAGGAAAGGGGGGGAAUGAAAAGUAAGAGAGAAGCGUGUAACUAAAUUAUCAGAGGGAAUGGAUAUUUCGAGAAUCUUUCGUUUGCGCAUUUUUGAUAUAUCUGUGAACAGAUGAAAAAAAAAAAACAAAGAUACUUAUAUUACAUACAUAAAGUGUAAGUGAACAAAAAAAAAUGCAUCUAAUACGCUAUUAUUGAUAUAGGACACAAAGUAAAGUAAAUAUAUAUGAGACAAAAAAAAAAGUAUAUAUAUACAUAAAUUGAUAUAUUGACGCUAUAAGGUUGCUGCUGGAUGCGUUUUACGUUGAAGGAAGAUGAUGCAGUUUUCCGUUCAAACGUCGUCGAGGACGAAACAAAAGUUCACGGGGAGAAUUAAGUUAGACAAAAGUAAGGAUCUUAGAGUCGAAGACAAAGUAGCUCUUAGAAUUUUUAUCGAGGCAACAUAAGGACGGACAGGCGUGACACUAGUAUACCACUUUCGAGGAAUAAACCUAUCCCAUUUGUCCUCGUUGCCUGUUACUUUACGUUUCGCUCGCAUAUCGAUCCGUCUCGCUCGGGUUUCCCGCUCUUCUCGAUCCAUCUUGCGCGUCCAUCUUCCCGAUUUCUUUGCGAAUCCGAGUGGAAAAAUGUAACGCGGCCCGGCUAAGAUGGAUCGAAGGGGUGGAAAGUCUUGCGGAAGAUCUCGCGAUAGGAUCACGAGAACGGGAGGGGGGAGGAAAAGUUUGCGAGCGAGACGCGUCAGGCCACGAGGCAGCGAACCACACUCGGCUGCAAUCGCAAACGAAAUUUUUAACAUUCAUUCUAGUUCAAGAAUACAGGAUCUGAAAUGUAUUACGUGCACGCGCCGAAUCUCUCCUUUAUUUUCGCCUUAGCUUCGAGAUGUAAUUGUCUUAUUAUGAUAAUGAUCGACCCGACAUACGCGCCACACGUAUACACGAGAAGAAGAAGAUGGAGAGAAAGAGAGAGAGCGAGAGCGAAAGAGAGAGAGAGCGUGUGAGAGCGUGUGAGAGCGAGCGAGAGAGAAAAAAGAAACAUUCAAAAAAAUCCAAGCAGGCCGUAAGAGUAAAGCGAUAACGAAGCGUAGUAAUCCCUGUAUCCGCGAUUUACGACUAGUUUACAGGAUGUAACACGUAACUGCGUUUAACGAAGGGACGUUACGACAGCGGAAGGAACGCGGUCGAAGGACAACGUGGAACGAUACGCGUUAUUCUGCUGCAGUAACGGCUAAACAUUCGAGACUAAACUAUAGGUGGCAUCCUAAUUUACAGAAAUUAUUAGUCGAACAAUAGAACCGCACAUUUUUCAGAAUCCGAUUAUUUAAUCGUAUACACCCAGUCGUGGGGCAAUAUCCAACGUAUGCGUCCACAAACAUACGCGCACCCGACCACUUUACCCACGCAUUUUGAGCGAUGUCUCAUACACACACACAUAUACAUAUACAUACAUAUACAUAUUACAUAUACACAUUACACGACGCAUGCUCAAAAAAAUGUGAAACAAGAGAAAGUUUGAAAGAAUCGAAAGAAUAAGCGAAUAAAGAGUGCAGAGAAAAGAUAAAGGGAAGGAGUAUAUAAGAGAGAUAAAAUAAGUACUGGAGAAGGUAAGAGAUCCGAGUGAAAAGUGUAUGGAAAGAAUGUAAACGAGCGAACGAAAAGAGAGACGAGGAGAGAUAAAGUGAUGUCGAAAGCUUGGAACAAAUACACUAAAGAAGAAACACACAAUAUGCUACGCGACAAACAAGCACAAUCGCGCGUUCACUGUAAAUAGAAGGAUGCAACAUUAUUAUACGACAAAGUUCAUCUUUAUUAUCGUAACCUGUAAUAUAUUUAUUUGUCCGGUCGUAAAGGUAUUUUAUGUAAUUUAAGAUCCGAGCCUCUGUUUCAUUUGAAUUUGCCGCCAUAGUGCGCUAACGAGGCAUUGGUCGAUGUAGUACGAGGUAGAAAGGCGUUCUAAAAGGUACGGAUAAAUAUUUUUAAAGGCGCUUGCGAAUAAAGUUGAGGAGCGCAGAUGGCCUCCGACCAGUGCCUCGCGAAUAAUUAGGAGCGAAAUCGAAAAGGACCACGUAAUGCGCUCUCGCGAUCGAAGUUGAUCGUAGCAAUUUCCGACCAGUUCUUACCUCGAAAUUUAGAGAAUGUCUCCGAAUCGUUAUUGCGGUUGUUAUAUACAUGUUUCUAUCACUUUUCAACCUCGAUCGCGUGAACCUGCGAAUUGUGUCUAAUUGUCUUCGUUUCAGUUUCUAAUCUCGAUCGAUUCAUUCGAAAUUGUCGCAGCUUACAAUAGAAGACGCUCGCUGUCCAAAAAUGACGAUAAACGCAAGUUUCUUUGCAGAUGGCGAUAGUUUAUAGUUACUAUUGUUUCUAUUUACAUUAAAAACAAAGUAUUUCUUUUGAGUAGAUAGUCGAAUUGAUUAAACCGACACACUAUACGAAUAGUUGCGCGCGUGACUUUAAGAAAACGCUCGAAACGUGUGUGUACCCGUGACGAAUCGCGAAGCGACGUUUGUUUCCGUUUCCUUCCGAACACCUCAAAUACGAGGCUUUGGAAAUAGUUUACGUUAGUCACGGAUGCAAGCAAAACCUGUCACCCAUUACGAAUUCCUCUUUUAUUUAUUACCGAUUAGCAUGUAAGAUGACGUUCUACCAACAUAUGCUAUAAUUAUAAAUACACCUUAUAUAUAGUAGAGUAAGCGUUACAUUACCUACCUACCUACCUACCCACCUACCUACCUAUCCGUGCUUGACGGGUGAAACAAACAGAUGAAUCACGCAAUCAUAUAUUUAAGUUGCUAUUUGGCACGUAUACCUAAGUAAUAUACUAACAUAAACAGUAUGCAAUAAUAAAUAUGAGAAAUUAAAUAAGAUUUUUUUUCACUGAAUCGCACAUCAUAUCCAUCUCCUAAAUUUUUAUCAUUCGAUGCACGUGAUGAUUCUUUAUAGAUACGUAGUUGCUUCUAGUACUACAGAAUAAACGAAUUACUACUUCACAAGGAUCUAAGGUACCAAAAUAAACAAUGUUUUUUUCAACGAAAUAUACAUUUCUUUGAAAUAUUUUUAUUUAUAUUUUAUGAUAAAUGCGGAAAAUUAAUAUUUCAAUCUUUCAUGAAACGUAAUGUUAGUAUUCUGUAUACAUACAGAUGCUGGAAUUAAUGAGAAAACGAAAACGAAGAAAGAUAUGAAAAAUAUUAUAAAAUGAUAAAAAAUUUGAACUUUUUUUUUAAAUGCUUCGUCUUUCUUGUCAUAUCUUGACUAAUUUUUUGUCAUAUUAUGUGAUUUAAAAAUAUUACCUGUUAUUAUACUUUCUGAUCAGUUGGUACUUUAUUAAUUUCUUGUUGUGUAGGAAUCUGUGUAGAUUGCAAAUUUGGCUGAUUUUGAUUAUUUUGCUGUGGCACGUUAAUAUUGUGUGGUAUUUGAUUUAUUUGCUGUUGUUGCAAAUUUGAAACUGGAUGUUCAUUCUGUUGAUGAAUUGGAAUUUGUACUUGUUGACCUAAAGAUUGAUGAGGUUGAACCAAAACUUGUCCUUGAUUUUGUUGAUUUGGUAUAGGUGCAGAGUGUAACUGUUGAACAGGAUUUUGUUCUUGAGGUACUUGCACAUAUUGAUAUUGUUGAUUCGGUAUUUGUCUUUGAAACUGUUGUUGUUGUUGAAUUUGAUCAUGAAUUUGCUGAGGAUUUACAAUUUGUGGCUGUUGUUGAUAUUGUGGAUUUUGAAAUUGUUGCUGAUGUAGAACAUUUUGAUUUGAAUCUACUUGAGGUGGAACUAAUCCAGGUGCAACUGGUGCAUGUCCAUAUUGUGAUGGAAACUGAAAAAUAUGAACAAAAUUAUUUUAAUUUUAAUUUUUACUUAUUUUUAUAUGCUAAAUAUAGAAUGUAAAUUUUUUUAUUAUUUCUUUUUUAUUAUAUUAUUAUUAUUAAUUAUUAAAAAAAUUUUUAUAUUAUAUUUUAUAUUCGCUUUAGAUAAAAAUAUUUUGAAAAGCUAAGGUUUACUUACCGGCUCGGAUUGUGCCGGUAUACUACCUGGGUGUGGUGGUAGCUAAUAACAGCAACAAAAAGUGCACAAGCUAAUUAUUAUCGAUUACAAAAACACUAUAAACAAUGCUUCUUUAAAAAAAAAAACAUUAAAGUGGAUAAAAAAUAAUCACUAAUAACACAAUGCAUUAUUGUACCCUUUGCUAUUUGUAAAUUUAAAAUAAUGAAACAAAAUAUUAUUAGUACUAUUCAAUAGUAAAAUAUUGCAUAAAUAUUUUUCUACCAAUACUUUAAAGCACUUGAUACAAUUCGUUAAUUAAUUUUUUGCACAAUCAUUUUCUUACAAACUAUAUUAGAUGGAUUUAAAAACUGUUAUAGCUUUUAAAUCAAUCACUUUAAACGAACACAAAUGUUUCGUAUCAUUCACAAAUUAUAUAAAAUUUAGAAACAGCAUUAUGAAUUUUCAAAAUUUUGAAGAAAUUUUUCAAAAAAAUUUAAAAAUUAAUAAAAAUAUGUAAUGAUUAUUUUUAAAAAUAAAAAUAAAAUGUUCGUUUAAAACAUCGGGUUUAAAACGAUAACUUUCAAUAAAACGUACAAUUAAUUUUUUCUAAAUUUAUUAGUUCAUUCAUUUUCAUUUCACAAACUAAAGGUGUACAUUUAAGCAUAAAAAAAUUCUAAUAAAAAUAAGCAUGCAAAAGUAUGCACAACAUAAUAUGCAUACUUUUAAAACAGAUGACAAAUAAUCACAAUAAUUUUUACUAUAUUAAUAUACUCACCAUUCCUUUAGCAAUCAUUUUUUGCAUCUCUUCUUGCUUGUGUCUUUCAAAAGCUUCAAAUUCUUCUUGAGUAUAAAUUUGUUGUUCAUCUAAUCCUAACCAUCCUUCAUCUUGUUGAAAAUCUGGUUUUUUUGUUUGUUCCAAGAAUUCUUCAUAACUGAAAUAAUGAUAUAAAAUGAAUAUAAAAUAAUCGAUACUUCGUUAAAAUAUAUAAAAUACCUAAUAAGACCAUCUUUAUUGAGAUCAGCUUCAUUAAAUACAUGUUCUCUCAUUCUUUCCAUUUCUUCGGCUCGUUUUAAAAAAUCAUCUUGUGGUGCUCCUUGAGCAUAAAGUUUAUCCAAUUCUUUCAAAAAUAAAGCUUUAACUUCAUCUUGAUCCCAUACUCCAUUACCAUCAACAUCUUG